AGCCUCGAGGUUUUACUUCCGGUUGCUCGCGACUGUCCCCAGGCAAGUGGAAAUGUUACCUCAGGUUGUGUAGCGUUACUGGGGAUCGCUCUUUUCAGUGACCCUUUUGGGAAGAACUGGAAGCCUUGCUUCCAGGCGCAGCAGGGCCUGAGGGCUUCGAGUCACGACCGCUUGGCUUCCGAUCCCACCCUCCAUUCCUCCCUUCUUUCAGCAUCUGGGAGCGGCGUCGACGCGAGAGAGACCCAGGCUGCCCCAGGCGCCGUCGUCUCGGCCGGGACUCGGGGCUUCCCUCCCUCCUCAAGUCGUCCCCCCUUUCCUCCACCCCUUGCCGUCUCCGCCCCUCUCGUGCUCUUGGCAGAAGGACAGACGGAAAGGAAGAUUGACCGUAUUGCGGGAGAACUGCAACGUGGACAGCUCGGGUCCUUUUAAGGUGGAGUGCUGAAGAGCCUUCAGAAACUUAGGAUAGAGAUUAAUCUGUUCGAAAUUCGGGAGGAGGGAAGUUACAGAAGCUAUUUAAGGUGUCCCCUGCUAGGAAGGAGGAAAAGAAAAAGAUCCGAAAACAUCUCUAUAUAUUGUCACAUUUGGCCACGAGGGACCAAGGGAAAGGAAGCUCAUGUGUAGAAGGAGCCGACAAAAUCUAAAAGCAUGGGAAAGAAAUUGAAUAGUAAUUUAAAGUCUUCCGGAGCGGCGGCAGCGCGAACUACAGUUUUUAAGACAGUGUCCUUGAGUUCAGACUCUGUCUUCCAGAGGGCAGUUUCAAUUCUCCAUUCUUCUUACUUGGACUCUGCAUCUGAGCAUGGUUUUCAGUACAGUCAAGUGACUUUGGUGAAAAAUGACAUUUUCUUAAAUGAGUACAAAACUUUUUACCAACAAAAAAAAGCAAGUGACUAUACUCAGGAAGAACUUCAAGAAACUUAUGGGUUUCUUCUGUUUGAAACUGAAAAUCAGGCAAAACUGGUGUGUCAGCGUGGGCUCUGUGUUGGCAGCAGUGCUAUUACCACUCUGGGUGACCCAGCCAAAGGUGUGUACAUUUCCAAAUACUCAGACUAUCUUCAUCCAAGACCAUGGUAUCAUGGAAAAUCUGGUUAUGUUGUAAUUUUUAAUCUAAUUAAGGGAAAAGUCAGGUUUGUGCCUGAGAAUUAUACAACGAAUUACACUAGGCCAUCUUCUGGCUAUGAUUGCCAUGUGGCUACAAAUACUCACAAGGUUUCUCACAAGACAAGCCAUUUUCGCACCUUCGAACUGAGUCAGUAUUACCUCUAUGAGCUUUCAGGCAGUACUUUCAUUGAGCGACCCAGACAGAUCUGUCCUUAUGUAAUUGUAGCUUUUCAGUACAGAGAACCUAAAAAGAUGGCAGCACCAGCUCAUAAAAGCAUACUUGAACUCAAUGAAGAUGUUCUCAUCUCUCCAUGGAAAGGGAAGUUAAGUAUUCAAAGCUGUCUGCUGUGUGAUAUAACUCUUUGGUCCACUUAUGGUACAGUUCUUCCAACACAGCUACCACAGGAACUAGAGUUUCAGUAUGUAAUGAAAGUGUCUUCUUUGAAAAAAAGACUACCAGAAGCUGCGUUUAGAAAAGAGAACUACUUGGAGCAAAAAGUCUGUCAUCAAGAUAUGUGCUUCAAUUUAUAUGAGGUGGAACUGUCAAACAAACAAGGGGAGAAGAUAGAUAAACUAACAGAAUACAUUAAAACAAAGGGAUUGGCAAUCAUCAAAUGCUUAGAAGAUCGGGGGUUUUUCAUUUUACUUACAUCCUCAACUUUAAUGUCAGACACAGAGUUCGAAGAUGAGCGGAUGGGUCUACAUGGGUUGCACUUAUUCCAUUCAUCCCUGUCAACAGGGGUGAAAAAUUUGAAAGUUGAAGAUGGCAUCUCAUUGAAAGUGAUACCAAUUUUACCUGCCCUUAAUUGUGCCCUACUAGAAGCAAAGAAGUCAUUUACUGAAGAAGGAAUCCGUCCAAACACAUUAGUAAAGCAUAAUUUCCAAGAAUUAUACAAGGUGGACAAAAGUCCUUCCUUGACUGCUUCUUCUCAAGAUGGAAUUAAAGAUACUACAUUCUUUGGUAAAAUGUCCAAUGGUUUUGACUUGGUUCCUCCAGCUGAAAAGUGUCCAUUGCAGUCUUUAACUCAAUUAGAGUCUUAUUUUUCAGAUCCUAGUGGUUAUAUUUUGGAUGUAUCUACUGCUUUAGAUUUAUUAGCGGAGCGUCCUCAGUCUCCUUGUAUUUCAGAUGGAAUUUGUGAUGCUGGAUUUUCUUUAGUUAUGACUCCAGAUCCUGAAUUUCUUGACUCAGAGGCAGAAGUUAGAAAAGAAACAGAAACAGUAAAGAAUUCUGAGAAGAUUUUUAAAGCAAAGAAGAGAUCUAUGUUCCCAGUAAAUUCAACAUCAAAUCUGAGAGUUCAGCCAAAGAGAAAGGCAAGCAUGCCACUCAUGGUUCAAAGUAAGAGGGUGAAUUUGUGCCGCUCCUUUCCCAAAAGAACUGCUGCUGGAACAAACAAUGGUUUGAACUCUGCAACAACUCUCAAGUUAGCUAAAGGACCGUUUCCUCUGAAAAGAAAAAGAGGUGCCGAAGUGCUGACUGCACAGUUUGUACAGACAACCAAAUUGGAUAGGAAAAACCAAGAAGCUCCUAUUUCUAAAGAAGUUCCAGUGGCAACGAAUACUAAAAGGGCAAGGAAACAAGAGAAAUCUCCAGUCAAAACUGUUCCAAGGGCUAAGCCAUCUGUGAAGAAAUCUCAAAAAAAGAGGGUAAAUAUAGUGAAAGGCAAUCAGAAUCCCAGAAUCAGAAAACAGCCACAACCUGCCAAAGGAGAAAGUACGUCACAGCUUCAAUCAGAAGUUUCAUCAGAUGGUCAAGGAGAUGUUUUUAGCCUAACUGCAGCUCAACCAGAAAAUACCACAGUGGCUCAAAAAGAUCUUCCUGAAAACUCCAUUGUCAGCUGUGACUCCCAGGCCCUAAAUAUGUUGGCAGAUCUAGCUUUAAGCUCUGCUACCUCUUCCACACCGUCAUCUGAGCCUAGAAACCUUACCUGCUCCUCUGAAUUGCCACAAAAUGAAGUUUUGCUCUCUAAAGAAAAUUCGUUGCGAGGGACAUCUGACCAUGAAUAUCACAGAGGAGUGAAAAGUCAAAAAGGUGGACUAUUCCCUAAACCAUCCCCUGAUAGGAAGAGUAAUUCAGUGUCAGAUUUAACAGUUAGACAAGAUGAAGACAGUUUGGUUCCUUGUAAUCAGGCCCCUGCUAAAGCCCAGUCAUCACCUACAGAGGAAGCAAUAGAAACUUCAGAUGCAAGCCAAAGCUCAUUUGUUGCUGUGGAACAUUCAUAUGCCCUUCUCCUUGCAGAGCAUUCAAAGAAACAUCUACAGCAGAGAGGGGUACUAGGGCCUGUCUUUGCUAAGAAUGGAACGAAAGGCCCUGAAGCGGGAACCCCAGUGGGAAAAGUCAUGCCAUUUCGGCAUCAGCAAAACCUCUCUCCUCUGCAAAAACCCUUUGAGGAUUCAUUCUUAAAGCGUAAGAGUAGAUUGACAACUUCCAGUCUAAAAGAUUUCUGUUGCUCUCAUACUGUGUUAAACUGUGAUGGCUCCUUUAAGGUCACUUUCAAAUGUGAAACAGAAUAUAUAUUCAGCUUAGAUAGCAAAUACACCAACAACCCGCUGGAGAAAACUGUAAUAAGAGCUUUACAUGGGCCCUGGAAUACUGAUUUGCCCGAUAAUGUGGAAGAAGUGAAGCUUUUACUUCAUAUGUGGGUAGCUCUGUUUUACAGCAAUCAGAAUAAAGUCAUCCAGUCAUCACGAAAAGUGGUAGAACACAGCAACCCAGCAAAAUACGUGUCUAUAAAUAGCACAUUAGACUCUUCUGAAUUCAGUGAAAUGGAGGAGUCCCCCAGUGUGGAAAGAUGCCCUACAGACCCUCUGUUGGAGACUAAUGAAGCUUCCAAAGGUGAAGCUGCCAAAAUGUCCUUCCCUGACACUAACUCCUUGCUUCCUUUCAUUAAACCACCACCUGCAAGAGGCUUGGAACUUUGUGUACAGAAUGAACAGGAAGAAAUUUUUGUGAGAGAGGAUCAUCCAGAUAACCUAGAAAGCCAAAAUUUUGUCUGUUCUUGCAAUAAUGAGGUAAGUGGUGACAAGGCUGAAGAAGAAUCAUCAGAUAAACUAAAGACUUCCAGUGUUGUGCUUUCUAGUAUUGGAAGGACCCAGACUAAUGGACCUUCUGUUCCUGGUGAAGAAAAAACUUUUCAGCAAUUUGAUAGCACGAGUGUGACUUCUCAUAAUGAUGCUGCCCCACAAACUACAUUCCCUAAGACUUCUAAUGAUAACAGCCAUCAGUCAGUGAUUUGUCAAAAGUCUGUGUACAGCACCCUUGAAAGCAAAGUUGAUAUUUUGCAUGCAACAAUGCAAGCAAAAACAAGUGCUUUACAGAGCUUGAUCAAGGAUAGCAGCCCCAUAAACAAAGAAUGUCAGCCUUCAUUGGAAAGGAAGGAUGACAGUAUGGGGUAUGUAAUGAUUAAUUUGGAACCAGUUACUCUCACUUUUGAAAAGAAUGCCUGUGUACCAAUACAGACAGAAGUUGUAAAUAGAACUGAUAAACCUACAACCUUUAAUAUGGAAUUGAUUAAACAAGCAUCACCUACUACAAGUCUUAGACAUCCUGUAUCCAUAUUUGAAAAGGCACAAGCCCAAGGACUUAGGGACAUGUCAUCUCUAACAGUGUCAAGGCAAGAAGGCACUAUGCAUCUUUGUGCCUCCUCUGCGAAUAGAGAGACACUUGCAAAAGAUACAUGUUCAUUACAGAAAGAUGUUCCUCUUCCAGCCUCAUCAUUACCAUCAGAUAAUUCAGUGGUAAUAGAGGCAGUAUCAAUAGUUAAAAGUUCUAGUUAUCCAUUACCCAGUGAAGAAAUGAGACUCCCUCAAGACUUUUAUCUGCAGACUCAGGGUCUCUUUAGCAUAUCUUCAGAAGAGGUUAUAGAACCAUCACAGGUUAAAGAAGUAAUCUCAACAUCAGCCUCUACCAUCUUGGAAAAAAAUCACUCACUUAACUUAAGAAAUAAUGUAUCAGAUAACUCUUUAGAACUAAGGAAGAAUGACAAGGGUGGUCUGAACAGGGAAAAUACUAAUUUUGAAUCAUUAACCUCCUUAUUUACCAAACAAACGAACCUAUCUCUGAAUAGAGAGGAGGUCAACCUAGAGUUAUCAGAGGAAGAUUCUGACAUUGACCUAACUCUAACAAUUUCACCACUUACAAGUCCCAGAGAACAAAUGCCGGCUGACGAAGUAGACCAACUUGAGGAGGCCCUAUUGCCAAAUUCAGAACUUGAGGAUGUAACUGAAGAAAUAAUUGAGCCAGAAGAGGUGACUUUCAUAGAAAACAGGGAAGUGAAUUCUGCUGAUUAUACAUCAGUGUGUCCUAUAGUGUCAGGGGAACCAUUAGAAAAUAAGGAGAGAAAGGGUGAUGAUUUACAACCAGUUACUUUAAUACUUUCUAAAGACAAUUGCUCCCUUGAGAUUGCAGGGGAAGUUAAUGUUACCUCAGACUUUCCCUUUAAUUCUUUAAUUGAGGAAGUGUCACCAGCUUCUAGUCCUGACCCUCAAGCUCCAAUUAAAGAAACACAACCAUCUCAGUCUGUGUCUCUAGGUAGUUUAAAAGUUCAUGAUAUAGAGUGCAGGAGAAGUAUCAAGUUCUCCCAGAUUGAGUCAACUGAUUUAGCCAUAACAGAAAAAGAAAAUUCUUUUGUUGGUCUUCCUACCUAUCCAGUGGGACAAGACAACUUAACUUGGGUACAACAAAUGCAGUUCUCUGCUGAAAUGCCUCUAGUAUUAAGUAAUCAUCCAGGAAGAAAAGAUAGUCAUUUAACUCUUCCUGGGACAGUAACUCAGCAAAUUGUCCAAAAUGAGGAUGGUGAGGUUUUGCCUUUCUCAGAAAAGGUGCAGUGCUGUGAUGCACAAGUAAAUCAGCCUGCCUCAGUUGCCAAAUAUGGAGAUGACUUCAAGCCUUCUCUUGAAAAACUGAUAAAAUCAGGAAAGCCAUUACAGCCAAUUAGUAUAGAGAACAGAAAUUUGGACUUAAAACAUCUUGUUUUGGAGACUACUAGAAAGAUGAUUGAAAAUAAGUCUUUGGCUGACACAUUCCUUUCCUCAGCUGCUCCAGGUGAUGUAGUGAAUAUGUCAUUAAAACAGCAGACUAGCACUAAAGGCAUCAAGAAAAAUCUAUUUAGCAGUGAUUUGAAAACAAGUGAAGGUAAUUAUUUGCAGGUUAAGUCCUUGAACUCUGACUUCAUUGAUGGAGCUGAUAUUACACAGGCAUACAGGCACUCAGAGAUCCCCAAACUUGAUUCUUCCUCAGAUAGUGCGGUAUUAACUCAUUGUACAAAACCAGUAAACAUAGAGACAGGGUUUCAAACGCAGGAAAUAUCAGUAGUUAAAAUGGCCAGUUUACUUAAGAACAGUGAAAUUGAAGCUGAGUUACAUGAAGAAACCGUAGCUCUAGGAGGUGUUAGCCCUCAGUCUAAUACCACGCCUCCAAAAGAUGAACAAAAAACAAUACACAUACUGCAAGGUAUGUCAGGGUGUGAAAGAAAAGAUCUAUUGAAUGGAGGGUGCUUUCCCAUGUAUGCUAGUUCUUACCCAGAUACAGCAGACACCAGGAAAAAUAGUGACAAAGGGCCUUCUGCUUCCUUUGUUCCAAAAUCUUUUGAUUCUCUUGUUUGUGGAGUCUCUAAGGAGCAUGUGGAAAUUAAGAGCACUGGUGAGGGGCUUGGGGCUGAGGAUGACUCUGAAACCCUAUGUAGAGACGUGAAUAUCAGUGUGAAUUCUGACAUACGUUAUGAACCUCUUUCCGGAGACUCUGAUCAAGACUCGUUUGGUGAGUGUAGAAAUCCCAACUUAGACAUGGAGGAUUCAUGCACUUUGAGAUACAGUCACACCAGAAAAGAAAAUGCUACAGAAGAUGGUUAUGACUCUUUCAUGAGCCUUAACAAUAACAAUAAUGAAGAUUGGGGCUACUCUGCCAGAGUUCCAGGAUUGGAGACAAACAUUCCUCCCAGAAACUGGUCCAUUGGAAUAAAGAAAGAAGAUAAAUGUGUUCCAUAUUAUAUCCAAAUCAGAGAUCUCCAUGGUAUACCCAGGACUUAUCCUAACUUUACUAUAACUAAAGAGCUCAAAGAUACCAGGAGAACUUUGCACAGCCUGAGGAGGCACCCCAGUUUCACUGCAAAAUGUGGCUUGAUCAGCUCCUGGUCAAGUACUUGGCAAGUAACAGAUGACCUCACCCAGAACACUUUAGAUCUGGAAUAUCUCCGCUUUGCACAUAAACUGAAACAAAUUAUAAAGACUGGAGAAGCUCAGCAUUCUGCCUCUUCCACCAGUGUCUUUCCAAAGGAAUCAACUGUCCAAAUAGCUACUGGAGCUUUCCCUCUGGCAAAGGUAUCUGAGUCCCCAGUUCCACAUCCUGGACCCAGGAGCCGAAGUCCCCUUCUGGUAACAGUUGUGCACUCAGAGCCUAGACAAGAGAGUCAGCAGAUGAGAGGUCACAUGCGUGGCAAUUUGAACAGUUCUUCCUCCUUUUGGAAGGGGAUGUGCAGUCAGGGUAGGAAUCAUCUUCCAAAUUCUGAAAGAAAUCAGAUUGCUUCAUUUCACCUCAACAAACUGAAAUAUAACAGUACUCUGAAAGAAUCUCGGAAUGAUAUUUCUCUUAUUCUCAGUGAAUAUGCUGAAUUCAACAAGGUGAUGCUGAAUAGCAACCAAAUGGUUUUCCAAGAUAAAGAGUUAAAUGUUGCUUCUGGAGAGGCCAUAUCUCAAGAGAUGUAUUUACCUUUCCCAAGAAGGUCAGCCUCCUAUGAAGACAUGAUUACAGACUUGUGUACCAAUUUGCAUGUCAAACUAAAAAGUAUUAUGAAAGAGGCUUGUAAAAGUACCUUCCUAUUCUACCUUGUUGAAACAGAAGACAAGUCAUUCUUUGUAAAAACAAAGAAUAUUCUGAGGAAAGGAGGCCAUACAGAAAUUGAACCUCAGCAUUUCUUUCAAGCUUUUCACAGAGAGAAUGAUACCCUGAUGGUCAUCAUCAGAAAUGAAGAUAUAUCAUCACAUUUGCAUCAAAUUCCUUCCUUGUUGAAGCUGAAGCAUUUACCCAGUGUCAUCUUUGCUGGAGCAGACAGCCCUGAAGAUGUGCUUGAUAACACCUACCAAGAGCUCUUUCGUACAGGAGGCUUUGUGGUAUCAGAUGACAAAAUAUUAGAAACUUUAACAUUAGUUCAACUGAAAGAAAUUGUCAAAAUCCUUGAAAAACUAAAUGGAAAUGGAAGGUGGAAGUGGUUGCUUCACCAUAGGGAAAAUAAAAAGCUAAAAGAAGAUGUAAGAGUGGAUUCAAUUGCACAUAAAAAGAACUUAAUACUGAAAUCAUCUCAGAGUGCAAAUAUCAUUGAAUUGCUUCAUUAUCACCAGUGUGAUUCCCGAUCUUCAAGAAAAGCAGAAUAUUUAAAAUGUCUAGUAAACCUGCAAACUCAGCAUAUUGAUGCCAGGUUUGCUGUCUUCCUAACAGAGAAGCCUACUGUCUCCAGAGACGUCUUUGAAAAUAGUGGAAUCCUUGUUACAGAUGUAAAUAACUUUAUUGAAAAUAUACAAAAAGUAGCAGCUCCAUUUAAGAGUAGCUAUUGGUGAUUCACAACUGCAGCUUGCUAAGCCAUGGAUGAUGCCAACAACAACUUAGUAUUUUCCUUUUUUUUUGGAAAAACUUUGAGAUACACACAGUCUUCUCAUAUUUGAAAAAUCACUGUUCUACAACUUGGAGGAAAAGUUUUUCUUCUUUCAUUAUUUUAUAUUUUGCUAAAUGACUUCACAGUAGCACAAAAGUCAUCCAUUAGCUUUGGGUUGCAGUGUUAAAUACUGUUGUUUUAAAUUAUUUUCAUUUUAAACAGAUUGCUUUCAAAGCUAUUAAUUAAUUGAGGUUAGUAUUAAAAAUAAGAAUUCUAACGUUUUACUUGGUAAGUCUGUCUUUACAAAUAGCAUUGUUUUUGCAUGUUAAUGCCAGUCAGGCAUGUGUAACACAUGUUAUGGUCCGAUUUAAAGGUUUGUCCACCCUUUUAAAAACUAUAAUCCUACAUGGAUUCAUUUGCUAUUUAAGCAACACUACAUAAAAGUAAACAUUUUUUCCUAAAUGGUACAAAUUUAUUAUAAAUUGUCAUUUUCCACUUAUUCAGUUUUUGUAAAUAGUGCACUACAAAAUCAGUCCUCUGAGGAAGAAAUAAUCAUAUAUUUAUGAUAUUAGAAAUAAUUUCUACAGUAAUCUUUAAAACUCAAAAACAAGCAAAAAAUUUGUAAGGUACCUAGUAUCUAUUUGGAGCAAAGACUUUUGUAACAAAUGGUUCCUUUUUUAAUAAAGACAACUAAAAAAUGACUCAACUGUUUCUGU